CCCUCAGAGGGUUUUACUGGCAUAAUCCCUUGUUGAGGAGGAAUUUAUAGUUUCAGGAAUCAGUGACAUUCAAGGAUGUGUCUGUGGAUUUCACUUGGGAGGAGUGGAUGCACCUAGAUUCUGCUCAGAGGAACUUGUAUGGGAAGGUGAUGCUGGAGAACUACAGGAACCUGGUCUCACUGGGGCAUCAGCUUUCCAAACCUCUUGUGAUCUCCCAGCUGGAACAAGAAGAGUUGAAUCUGAAGAACAAAGAACUCCCAGGGUGUGCUUCUCCAGAUUUUCUUGGAUAUUACUGCCAGACUAAUCUACUAUUUAGUCCUCUUAGUAUCCUGUCCAAGCCAAGAAGAGAAAGAAUCGACUAAGUACUGUGCUCGGCUCCUCCCCAGUCAUCACCUAAUCUACUCAUCAUAACAAACCUACAGGAUUGGGAAAACAAACAGUCAGCUCCAAAACCCAGCAUUACUGAAGAUUUAUCCCAUGGGGUCAUAAUGGAAAGGGAACAUGUCUGGCAUUCAACCUUAGGGGAAACCUGGGAACCUGGAAAUUGGUUAGAGGGGCAACAGGAGAAACAUCUGGGCCAAAUGGCAUUUACCCACGAGGAAACCCUCACAGAGAGAAGGGUAUGUAGAGGGGAUGAAUUUGAAAGAUUUCCCAAUCAGGGUUCAGUCCUUGAUACACCACAAAGCAUUUCCAUGGCAAAAAGAUCCUGUAAUUGGAUUUCACAAGGAAAAGACUCCAAACAAAAUUCUGAAUUAAUGAAAAAUCAAAGAAUGUUUGUAGGAAAGAAAAUCUAUGAAUGUAAUGAAUGCAGGAAAACCUUCAGCCAGAGCUCAUCACUUCUUAAGCACCAGAGGAUCCAUACUGGGGAGAAACCAUAUAGAUGCAAUGUAUGUGGCAAGCAUUUUAUUGAACGCUCAUCUCUUACUGUACACCAAAGAAUUCAUACUGGAGAGAAACCUUACAAAUGUAGUGAGUGUGGGAAAGCCUUCAGUCAGAGCAUGAAUCUUACCGUUCAUCAAAGAACUCAUACUGGAGAGAAACCUUAUCAGUGCAAAGAGUGUGGAAAAGCCUUCCGCAAGAAUUCAUCCCUUAUUCAACAUGAAAGAAUUCAUACUGGAGAGAAACCCUAUAAAUGUAAUGAAUGUGGGAAAGCCUUUACACAAAGCAUGAAUCUUACUGUGCAUCAGAGAACUCAUACAGGAGAAAAACCCUAUGAAUGUAACGAAUGUGGAAAAGCCUUCAGUCAAAGCAUGCAUCUUAUUGUUCAUCAGAGAAGUCACACUGGAGAAAAACCUUAUGAGUGUAGUGAAUGUGGAAAAGCCUUUAGUAAGAGUUCAACUCUUACCCUACAUCAGCGAAAUCACACUGGAGAAAAACCUUACAAAUGUAACAAAUGUGGGAAAUCCUUUAGCCAAAGUACAUACCUUAUAGAACAUCAGAGACUGCACUCUGGAGUAAAACCUUUUGAAUGCAAUCAGUGUGGAAAAGCUUUCAGUAAGAAUUCAUCACUUACUCAACAUCGGAGAAUUCAUACUGGAGAGAAGCCUUAUGAGUGUAUGGUAUGUGGCAAACAUUUCACUGGGCGAUCAUCCCUUACUGUACAUCAGGUUAUUCACACUGGAGAGAAACCUUAUGAAUGCAAUGAAUGUGGAAAAGCCUUCAGCCAGAGUGCAUAUCUUAUUGAGCAUCAAAGAAUUCAUACUGGUGAGAAACCCUAUGAAUGUGAUCAGUGUGGGAAAGCUUUCAUUAAGAAUUCAUCCCUUAUAGUACAUCAGAGAACUCAUACAGGAGAGAAACCCUAUCAAUGUACUGAAUGUGGAAAAGCCUUCAGUCGGAGUACAAACCUUACAAGACAUCAAAGAACUCACACCUAAGGACAGUGUUUACUGUCCCCUUCAUCAUGAUUAACUCUUCAGUAAUCAGAUAAAGUCAUGUUGAGGUAGACACCUAAUAAAGGUAACAGUUGUGGGUAAUUUUUAGUUGACAUACAAUCUACCAUAUUGGAUAACAUAGACCACAGCAGAGAAAUCAUAUGGAAGUGAAGAAAUCUGGAUUCAAAAGAUAAAAUGUACUUUUUAACAGAAGGUUUGAGAAAGUAAUGUAUAAACAGUGAACAUUCAUGCUCAAGGUAAGUUCUAUUGUAUCAUACUGCAAAUUCUCCUUGGGACAUCUGAGAAUUCACACUGGAGAGAAAAUGUGUCAGUGCUUAACUGGAUAGCCCAAAGACCUGGUUUGUAGUCCUGACCUGCCGCUAACUUGGACAAGUUACUCACUUUUAGCAGGUCACAAUUUUCUUACCUAGUAAAUGAGAGAUUUUGGAUGUAAAAGGUCUGGGGGAUCCGUAUUAGCUAAAAUGUUACAAACCAUGAUGCCAGGAAAUCUUUGGCCUUUUACUCUGUUAUGUAUGUUGUCUAGGUGCUUCUUUUCCACAGUAAGGUUUCCUUGGAUGUUUCGAGUCAAAAUUUUCUACCUCUACCAAUUUCUAAUGCCCUUCCAUGUCCUUCUCUCUUUCCCUGCAUUACUUUCUACCUUAAAAUGUAGGCUGAUUUCUACCAGAUAAUAGAAUAAUUGUACAAAUCUUAAUGUAAUAGCAUGCUAUUUUGAGUUCUUCAUAGUCUUAAACUGUUGUUAAAUUAGCUGAUUAUUUAGAAAACAACAUAAUUUAAUAUUGUAUUUAAGCACAGAAGAAUCAAAUAAAUACAUAUCUUUAUGUCA